UUUUCGAAACAACGGAGAAAUCUGGUACAACUCUGGAGUCUUCAUCGGAAGAACUUGCCUCCACUGUCAUAACAAGCACUGAUCAAUUGGCAACUACAAUCGAUCAAACAACACCAGACGUGUUAUCUACAGUAGGAAGCACUAUGCAGUUUGCCACUUCAGUCAGUCCUGCAACAAGCAAAGUAACGUCAACAGAAGAGGCGACCACUAGUCUAAUUCCGUCUCACUUAACUAGCACUCAACAAGCUGGUACUAUUUCUGAAGCAACAUCUCUACGCUUGAUAUCUACAAUGGCAACCUCUACUGUCCAGACUACGACUCCUGGCAACCCAUCAUCAUUUGCAACAUCAACAUUGGCAGCCACCACGGAGAAGUUGGAAACCACCUCAGAAGUCACUACGCCUCUCAAUCCAGCAAUCACAACUGUGACAGCUACAAAUUUGAUUGAUGAAUGUGCAUUGUUCCUCGAUAACUGCGAUCGUGUGGUUCAGGAGUGCAUAGACCAACAAAUCGGAUACACAUGUGAAUGCAGGACAGGCUAUACGCUAGACUCGACCGGCAAAUGUACCAAGCUGAAGUCCUUCCAGUCAUCAUUCCGUAUAACAGGACUCGUCGAUGAGACUGGUGCGAGUCAAGAGGCAGUAUUCACCACAGAUUUGACCAUUCGAACGAGCGAGAGUUUUAUAUCUCUUGAAAUAACAGUCUGCUCCGCGGUUGCAUUGGUUUACAGGAACGACCCUCUCACAAGCACCAUCUUCAUAAGCUGUAGUGUCAUUCGAUUUGCACCUGGGAGUAUUAAAGCCGAGUACACCAUCGAACUAGCCUCUAAUUCUACGGUCAACGAAACCUACCUUCAAGACACUAUGAAGGAGGCAGUAUUAUCGGAUACUUUAAACAAUACUUUACGGGUGGCCAAUGAUUCCAUCAUUGUGAGUGCUCUAAACGAAUGUGAGGCCGACAUGGAUGACUGCAGCGACAACGCUAUUUGUACGGACACGGAAGACUACUUCACGUGUAGCUGUGUGGAUGGAUACACUGAUCUAAGGACAGAUAUACCGGGCAGAUACUGUUCAUUAGUUCCAAUCAGCCCAGAGCAAGACUACACCAUCAUCAUCAUAGCGUCCUCCGUCACCGCUGCAGUGCUUCUCAUCAUCGCCCUCGUCUUGGUCGUAGUUCACCUUCUGCGUCGGCGGAAGAAGAGGCGUAAAUCGUCCACUUACUCCCUGGAGUCACCGGACGAGUUGAGCCUAAGUCAGCCCGUGUGGAGGCGAGUCACCCCACACGGCAGCCAGUCCCUGUACCCGUCCAGCUACGGUCUGAGUAACUUGGACAUGGUGACCGACGGGGACGAGGCUGUGUUUACUGGGGCAAGACACGCCGGUGAAGGGGUGGGCUCUGGGUCGCAGGAAUCGCUCACUGAGAGGGAACUGGAGUGGGCGCAGAAUCUGAAAACCGUCUUCGAGACAGUGCCACAGAAUCAGAGAGCCUACAGUCUCCCACUGCUACGCCUCCCGGAGACCGAACUAGCCAGUAGCUCUCGUACACAAUCCCAUGUAAAAAGAAGUGCAACUGUGAGCGAUGAUGGCCAGCAGACGGAUCGGUUCAGACUCCCCAGGCGUCGGUCUCAAAGUCCGGUCAGAGGAACUCCAUUUACUACGACCCACGAAUCGGCCUUGCGUGACCUCGGCGCAAGGGGAAGACCGGAUAGAAUUGUUAUAAGCUACGAUUACUUCUGAUCGAAACUGCACGUUUCUGCGCUCCCGUACAAGGAAACACGAUUCUUUGACGUAUAGUCAUCAUAUACUAAAUGACACCUGCGAUAACGUAGACGAAUGUUUUGCGCAGAAUCAAGUGUUACGUGUAUCUUUGGAGAGGCAAUCUUUUCUCUUUAGUUUGAUAGAAACAAGCAAGCACCUGGAAUGUAACGUUUUGCCUCUCUGACUUAUUCUCAACUGAUCUGUUUUCUUACAAUGAAACAAAAUAAUUCUUCAAGAGUGCACAAUUAGGUACUGUAGCUGGAAAGCCUUAAGGAAGAAGACGGGAGAAGUACCCACUUUUAGAGGCAAUAAACCUCGUAGGGAUAAUCUAGGACAACUCACGAAAUCAGGUAGGGACUGAAAACCAAAGCUGCAUGUCAGCCUGGAUGGGAACUUGCAAUGAACCAUGGUCAAGCAGCUGCGAGGCGAUAUAACGCAGCGUCAAACUUCAAACUUCCAUUCCACUUAAAUUGUUUGUCUGCAUAAGGACAAUACAUUCGUGUGCUAGUGCACUGUGCGUAUUGCUGUGUGUCACUUUUAAAGCAGUUUGCUGCCGCCUACGGCUUAUCGAAACAACUUUUCGAGGGAAAUUGGCCGGGCCUGUGGGAAAGUCGCAGGGAUAAAUGAACGGGAGGGUUGAAUUAUCCUAGGAGACCAAUUACAUGGGGUUUUCCAAUAUGUAAUUUCAAAAUGCACCUUCAAAAUAAUAAUGAAAAGAAAUUGAUAAAUAUGAUUAGCGUAGGGCUACAGAAGAGUUUUUAUGUGAUUGCAAGAUUUGCUAAUAUCGUCUUGCUUUGCACUUAUUUCCUUUAUACAAAUGAAUCACAUAAAAAUGAUUUAUUUAAAUUAAAAUGUCCAAACCUUUCACUCAUUGUCAAAAUAAUGUUAUCGUUUAUCAAAUUUGAAAAAUGUGUAUAGUGCUGCAAAGACAGUGCGGUUUUAACGUAAAUUAAAG